GAACUUCAAAUCCAUCAUCAUCAACUCAUUCAUCAUGAUGCCAGACAGCCGUACAGCUUCUCCACUCAUCUCGCUUUCUCCUCCUCCUACGCCCAGCUCUCAACAUCAAAAGAAUACUCUUAGGAAUCGUGUCUCGUUCACCACAUCUGGCGAAACUGAAUCAUCUUUUGGCUUCCAGUUCCCUGCAUUUCCAGCCUCGAGCCCUCUACAGUCUCCCUCGGCAUUUUCUGAACCUGAUGAAGAACAAAAAACGAAGAGAGGUAGAUCGAGUAGCUUAUUGAGUGUGCAUGAAGUUCAAGACAACUACGAUGAUCAACUUGACCAAGGUGUUGGUCCUAACUUGAACGCAGAUUGGGUUGAAUAUAAGGGUGCCUGGGUCAUUCAUAUAGUUUUAAUCUUCUUCGGGAAGAUACUCGUUGACAUCAUCCCUGGUAUCACUCAAGACGUGAGCUGGACAACUGUUAAUAUCGCCUAUGACGUUGUCACUUAUAUCAUGUUCCAUUACGUAACUGGAACGCCUUUUGAGUCUUCUGGUGGAGUGUACGAUCGAUUGACGAUGUGGGAACAGAUUGAUACUGGCGCCCAUUAUACACCAACCAAAAAGUGGCUUACUAUCUUGCCCGCUGCCUUAUUCCUCUUGUGUACUCAUUACACUAGAUUGGAUCUCUAUCCCUCUCUAUUCGCCUUGAAUUUCGCAUCUACACUAUGCCUUGGCUUAUUACCUAAGCUACCCGUCUUUCAUCGUUUAAGGUUUAGGUUCCUUGAAGGUGUCUUUGGUUGGAGUAAUACCAUUGGUGAAGAAAGAAGUGGACCACCUACUCCUAUUGAAGAACAAAUGAAAAGAGUUGGAGAUCCAGAUUUUGGUGCCGAUCGACGUUCAAUAGUAGGUAGUCCAAGACUUGAUGGUGGUUUUGUUCGUCAUGAAUCACCUACACUUUCAAAACGUGUUCAUCUUAAAAAAUGAGAAAUCAAUCUGUUGAUCUUUCAAGAUUUCAGGAAAGUUGUUUUUUGAUUUCAUUUUUUUCUUCUUUUUUGUGAUUUCGUCCUUGUUUUCCUUCACAGAUUCAGUUUUACUCUAGUUAGAUUCCUCGAUUUUUUUUACAAUUGAGACUUGUGGCCUUAAAUAAAUCUUUUUAUCUGAAAUUGUAAUCAUAGUCAAAGUUCAAUAAUCAGUCAUCUUUAACAAUGCUGUGAUGUAUUUCGUUUUUUCUUAAGAAUCUUAAUCUUAUAACUUCAACCCU